AUGGACAAUUACACGUUAUUAGAAAAGGGAGUCAUAACUCCGGACCCAAUCCCCAUUGAGACUGCUGAUGUAGAACACCCUCAUAAUCUGUCUAGUCGAUCUUUAUUGUAUCAUCUGAAGACUCUUUUCCUGUUCACAAAAAGCGAUUUUAAAACAGUCAUUGCACCACAGGGCAUAUUCGCCAUCACAGCAGCAUUAUCGACGACAAAGCUUACAACGGCACACCUCGGAGAGGGCGAGUUCCCACAUGUAUGGAGUAUAGCGUCUCGCGUGCCGUUGAUGCUCGCGUGGAUUUGGGUGAAUCUCUUGGUUGAAGACAUCGCCAACCAGCGCCUUGGAGGGUCUAUUGUAGAAGACUCAAUCAACAAGCCAUGGAGACCGUUGCCUUCAGGACGGAUUUCUCCAGAGCAAGCACGAGACUGGCUCCUCGCCGCCAUUGUGGCUGCAAUGGGCUUGAGUUCUCUAUCUGGUGGCUAUACAGCGAGCAUCACAUUAAUGGUCUUCGUCUGGAUGUACAAUGAUCUAGAUGGUAGUAACAGCGGCAUCUGGAUUCGAAAUGCGCUGAACGCAGGAGGACUCAUGUGCUUCAGCUGGGGCGCAUUAGCCACGCUGUCUGGAGGAGAACUGCUGCCGGAAGGUUUCGCCUGGAUAUUGGUGACGGGAGCCAUCAUCAUGACAACGGUCCACGCACAAGACCUACCAGACAUUGAGGGGGAUAUGGCUCGUGGGAGACAGACGGUGCCCCUGCUGUACGGCGAGGCCGCGGCACGAAUAUCACUGGCAGUCAUGGUAGGUUUCUGGUCGGUAGCGUGUCCGUUCUUCUGGGAUGCGUCUCCAUGGGGUUGGGCAGCAUCGACAAGCAUAGGAUGCGCAAUGUCGGUGCUUGCGUUGAAGAAUAUGGGUCAUUGGUGGGAUGAGGUGGUGUGGAAGCUGUGGUGCCUUUGGGUGGCGGCGCUGUAUCUUUUGCCAGCAUUGAAAAGGUGA